CACCCGAGGAGAACACACACAAGUCUUCAACAAACAGCCCGGGGCAGGUAUGAACAUGUCGCUGAGCGCAGAGUGGAGAUAAGUGCUUUCUGUACCUUCGCGUUUAUCUCCACGCAGAAAGUUCAUGACCAACAACAAGAACCCUGUAGUGUGGGAAUCUGCCCGGCCCAAGAUGGAUGGAUAUCACGCUAAAACAAACACGGAGCUUUGCCAAGCGCCAGAAUAUGGUGCUAUUCCUGGGAUUGCUGAAGCUCUGAGAUCAGUUGCUAGGUCAGACUCCUGGAGUCUUCAGGAUGUUUUCCUCCACACUGCUCCUCUCUUCACCACAGUGGACCAGAAGGCCCUGCCCAGCCGACCAGACUCUCCUGUUCAGGACUGUGGACGAGUUGAAGACAAACGGUCCACAGAAGAUUCUCAGGAAGAAACCAAAGAGGAACCCUUUCAACUGAAGUAUGAAUCCAAAUGUAUCAAAACUGUACCUCUGUAUCAGGAGUAUUGGAUUAAAUGUAUGAAGGCAGAUCUUCACAAAGUGCAGCAUAAAAGGCUGGCAGAUGUGGUGUCACUGGGACUUGCUGGUCUGCCCUCUCCCCGAGCUUCCAGCCCAACUAGUGUAUCAAGCCCUCCAGGGCUAAAUGUUUCACCAUAUGCCUUGUGGCAGGAGCAGCCUGAGGUGAAGAGGAGACGCUUGCUACAUUCACUUCCAACCAGUGACAUUCGGCAUCAAGAGGCGAUAUUUGAACUGAUCGUGUCUGAAACCUCAUAUCAGAAGAGUUUACGAGUGGCAGUUGGGCUGUUUCAGUCCUCAACAGAACUGAAGGCCACAUUGCCUCCUUUACAGACCCAUGUACUGUUUUCCAACCUGAAGGAGGUCUGCAAGGUCAGUGAGGGAUUCCUUCUCGAUCUGGAGACCAGGCUGGGUCAGAAUGUGGUGAUGUCUAAAGUCGGUGAUAUUGUGCUGAAUCAUAGAUCAGCUUUUCGUCGAGUCUAUGUGCCUUAUGUUACCAACAUGAUGUACCAGGAGGCCCUCAUUGCAAAACUUUUGUUGGAAAACAAGAGGUUUGCUUUGACUGUGAAGAAGCUGGAGAAGGAUCCAGUAUGCCAGAGACAGACACUCAAGUCCUUCCUGGUCCUUCCUUUCCAAAGGAUUACGAGAUUAAAGCUUAUUCUUGAGAACAUCCUCAAAAGAACUGAUGAGCGAUCAGCUGAUGUUUCCUACCUGAAGCAAGCAAUCGAAGCUGUGCGAGAGAUAGUGGUGGAGUGUGACAACAGCGUUCAGCGAAUGAAACGGACAGAGGAGCUGGUUUCUUUGGGGAAGCUAGUGGACUUUGGAAAUGUCAAGUCAGUACCAUUAAUCAUAAGUGGGCGUUAUCUGAUUCGAGCGGGAGGCCUAAAGAAAUUGACAGUCAAGAGUCAUCUUACAUCAGGCCCCACAGUGUCGAGCACUGAUAUCUAUCUGCAUCUCUUCAAUGACCUCUUGCUCUUAUCUCUCAAGACAUUACAUGGACAGAGAUUUAACGUGCAGGACUAUGCAACAUUCCCUGCUCAUGUUCGUGUAGAGGAGCUAAAGACUCAAAUGCUGGGGCUGCCUUCAGAAGCUUUUCUCCUUCGCCUCACCCAGAACCAUUCAAAAACUGCAACUGCUAUUAUACUUGCUGCUCAGACACGGUUGGAAAGAGAAACCUGGAUCCAGCUUUUAUCUUCACAGAAGAGCACAUCAGGUGUAUGACCAAGCCUGCUUGAAUGAUGGCCUUAUCCCACAUUGUGAAAAACAGCAUGUUCAUAAACAAUUGUUUUAAUAUAAACCUGUACUGUUAUUUAUAUUCUAAAUAAAGUUUGACAUUUCUAAUAA